ACUAAUAACAAAGUUCAAAUUCAAACAAUUAAAUCUAACAAUGAUAGAUCUAUAUGUCAUUGUAUAUUGACAAAAAACUUUGUUAUUUCUUGUAUACAAGAAUACAACUGAACUUACAAAAAUACAAGUCCAAGUUACGCCAAGUAAUGAAGUAUUGAAUUAACAAAGUUUGGAUUAUAUAAUUUUUUUUUUUAAAGAAUGAAAUAGAAUUUUUCAGUGAGUGUCUUCUAUCCCUGAAGAAAUGCAGAGAUAAUGUCCUGCAUAAAGCAGGUCCUUUAGUCUUUUUUUUUUAAAGUACAUCACCUGAAUUUAGAUACAACUGUUGAAAUAUCUACUUUCUAGUCCUGAAACAUGAUCUAAAGGUAUUUUGUUUGCAAUGUGAGCACAUAGUGUCAAUAAUAUUCUACUCAGAUACCAUGAGCAGUGGCCUGAGCAGGCAACCUGAAGUCUAUGAAUAACUAUCUAGAUCACAUUAGAUCACCAAAUUGAAGCCCAUUGUUGAAUAUGGCAGAGGGUCAGCAAGAAACGCAGUUAAUUGCUAAAUAUGACUACAAGGCUGAAAAUACUCAAGAACUGAGUAUGCGCAAAGGAGAUCGACUAUUGCUUGUUGAUGAUACCAAAGAUUGGUGGAAAGUUCGGUCGCCUGAGACAGGGAAAGAAGGGUUUGUGCCUUCCAAUUUCGUGAAGAUUGUCAAGCCAAAAACAUCUCUUUUCUCAACUAUUCUAAAAAAGCAUGUACCAAAAAAGAAAUCCGACACAAACAAACCUUUACCUUCACACUCAAGUCCUGUGUUGAACAAUGGUGAUAGCAUUAGAGCCAGGCCUAAUGCCAAUAACUCUAACAUCACAACUGAGACUUAUCAGCUAGGCCAGUGUGUGCCAGCCUGUGCCAAAUACUUCUACACUGCUCAGAGAGCUGAUGAGAUAUCUCUAUCCAAAGGAGAGAGAAUCAUGGUCAUAGAGAAGUCGAGUGAUGGCUGGUGGAGGGGCAGGAAAGAUGAUGGAAGUGUCGGCUGGUUUCCGUCCAAUUAUGUUGAAGAAGUCAGUUCUGGGGGAGGCAAUGCCUCAGACAGCAAUGCUCUAUAUUUCACAGCGGCUGAAGCCAGAUCUCACUCCUCCCCUUCCCACAGUUCUACAGACAUUGUUCUUGCAUUGUACUCAUUCACAGGCAAAAAUUCUGGGGAGUUGAGCUUUGAGAAAGGAGAGAGACUUGAAGUGGUGGUGGCGGAGCCUGAUUCAGACUGGUUGUCAGUGCGGAACUCAAGAGGGGAGACAGGGGUGGUGCCGGCUAACUAUGUCACCCCAGCUCCCAGCUCUGGGGAAGAGGGAAGUGAUCGGGGCACGUCAACGUCCUCAUCAAACCCCCAGUCCCAGUCUCAGUCCAUUUCUUCCAUCUCGAACACCUCUAUUGCUGCUCUUGCUCUGGCUGGACGUAAACAGUUUCAGGUGUCAGGUCCACUUGCAGACAAAGAGUGGUACUAUGGUAAGAUUUCACGUAACCAAUGUGAGGAUAUUUUAACAAAGUUUGCUGUGGAUGGCGACUUUCUCAUUCGAGACAGUGAAUCAACAGCAGGACAUUUCACAGUAUCUCUUAAAGCUCCUGGAAGAAAUAAACAUUUUCGUGUCAAAAAUACAUCUGGUGUUUUGGAAAUAGGUCAACAGCGGUUUACAAACUUGGAUGACCUUAUAGAGCACUACAAAAAACAUCCAAUCUUCAAGCAGGAGGCAGAAAAAUUGUAUCUUGUCAAACCAUUUAUCUGCCCGUCUUCGCAAGAUAAUUAGUCACUAAGGAAAAAGCCUCUAAAAUGUCAUGUCUGUAUUAUAACUUGUGUUUAAAAGAGCACUAGCUGGACAGUGGAAUUGUAAUUUAUUGAACUGUACAAUAGAAACAUGUUAGAUGAACUUUGUUGACAAAUUAUAAAUGUACAGUCUCGUCUCAGCAGACAGGGUUUAUUAUCAGUGUAUGUAUUUGUAGGUCAACUAACUCAUUCCUUUUUCAAGUUUGGAUUGCUACACUUAACUUUAAUAGAAAGUUAUAAGCUCAACUUUUUGACUAGCUGUCUUAAAUCAACAGUUCACUAUUGUCUUGUACUGACUAGACCUGCAUAGACUCAAGCAUCCACUAAUUGAUGAAUUAGAAAUAUAUUUUGGUAUAUAAACAAUAUAAUUAAAUCUGGAAUGUUCAGUUCUAAAGCCAAAAUCAUUAACACACAGCCUUCAAAAAAUGGCUGUUUGUAGAAAUGUAUGGCUAUUGCCAUUACAUGAUCUAUAAAUCUAUUACAGAGGUUUAAUCUGUUUCUGUGACAAGUGUUUUUGCUGCUUUUGAGAAAAAAAUAUAUAAAUUGUUAUUAUGCUGCUUGACAAAUCUCACUUUAAAAUUUCUUACAAAUCUCUUAAGAAAAAUGAUAAUUUUAUAGUGACAGGUGUAGCUCUAGACCCCCAUGAUGGCCAUCCUAAUGUUGAGUAAUCAAUAGUCAAUCCAACCAAUGUAUCUUGGUUAGCUGAAGGUAUGAUGUGUAUGUUUAGAUCUGAAAUGUUCAGUGUUGUUCCUUUUCUUCCUUCUUGUGUGGACAUUUUAGACAUGAAAAGUAGCUUCCCAAACCUUUUGUUAAGUUAUGUCAGAAAAGGAACUCUCCAAACCAUGAAGCAUUUUAAUUUUUAAAAAAAAAAAGUGUUGAAUUAAAAAAAAAAUUGGGACAUAGCAAUUUUGUUAACAUUCUUCAAUUGUUAUUUUCUUAGAAUGUUAUUGCAUCUAUCAUAUUAUAGCGAUACCUCUUUAGGGUGUGAGUAUACUUUGUCUACUGUUGUUUCUGGAGCUUUUUGGAAUAUCAUUAUUAAGUUAUGAGAGCUGUGUCUCUUAAAAGCAAACUAAAUGUUCACCUUGUUUUGCAGGGCAUACUCCAUAAAUCCAUUUUUGUAGUCUGCAGCAGUUGUUUUUGUUUUUUUUCUUCAGAAAUUAACAUUUGUUUAAACGACCAAUUUCUAAUCCAGUCAUAUUGAUGUUUUCUCUCCCUUUGAACCUGUUGAUCAAUGUACUGUAUAAGUGUUGAACAAAGCAACUCAAAGUGGUGUGCUGUGUAUGAAAGGAUGAUUGUUUUAUAGCUUGAACAGAUUAUUUUUUUGUUCUUUUUGGUUGUAAUAUUUCAUUGCCAUGUGAAAUGAAAAGGAUUGCUUUAUGUUAGUGUCAGAAUUAGGUUUUCAUGUCCUGUGUUCAUCUUGCCCUUUGUUGGACUUCAAAAAUCACAUAAAGUUUUUGCAAAUCAAAUCAUCGCUUACUUUUUGAACCCAUGAAAUGCCAAGAAAACAAAUUGUUGAAUAAUGAGUGGUUUGAGGAACAGACUACGGUAAUUCAAAUGCCAUCUCAUCAACUGUUCUCCUUUAGGUGUUCUAUUUAUUUGACAGGGUCCUGGCUUUGUUCUUAAUUGUAUUAUUUUUGUUGUUGUUGAAGGCAAUGGUUUGAAGAGGGAGGGAGGUUCUACUUUUGUUCACUGUGUGCCUUUUGUUGAUUUGUAUUUCUUCACUGCUUUCUUUUCUACGGUUUUGAAUUGUAUGUACCGUCUGUGACCUACUUAAAACCUGUACAUCUAUGAGCUAUGUUUUUUUGAAUUGACAUGAUAUAUCUAUGUAUUACAUGUACUGGGUUAUGUAGAAUGAACAAGGUUUUAUCCAUAUUACUUAGCAUGUUAUCUCAGCUAAAGCCUCGCUGCUUUUGUUCACAUAAUUAUGUUUUAAAUUUGUACAAUGAUCAGUGGUGUCAGAAGAGUUUUAAGCUGAUUAUACUAUUUCAGUUCCUCUAGUUCAACAGUAUCCCCCUUAGAAUCUGAUCAAUUCAGAUUUAUAAACAGGUUGAAUGGAAUCCUAGGUGUUCAUUAAUUUGUUCAGUCUCCCUCUUCUUGUCAAGCUGUUUCUUUUUGCAUUUAUUUUUCUUGUCAUCAAAUAGAAAGAAAAAACAAAAUCAAGAAAGUGUUUUUUGUAGUAUUUUAUUUCAAACUAUGUAAAUAAACCAAUUUUUAAAUAAAAAAUUGGUACCACUCUUGGCAUCUGAAGUGGAAGAUUAAUGUGGGUCGAACCCUUUAUUUAAUCUCUCAUAAAUUGAUAGUUUCUGUUCAAAGUAUUCACUGAAAAGUGAUUCAAGUAGACAUCAUGCACCUAAUAGUGUUAAUGAACAUCUUAAAACAUCUUCUAGCAUGGCAAACUAGCUCUUAUGUACCAAAUACAGAUUUCUACCUCUGGAUAUUGUUUCAAUCUGCCAGAUAAGUCAUGUUUUUUUUCAUUGUUCACUUUCCAAGUAUCUUAUGUCACAUUAAGUUAUUUGAAAUAUUUUUUUUCUAAUUGAAUUAAAAUGACCAACUACCGGCAGUAAAAGCCAGUGUACUGUGUAGGGAUAUUCUGAGGAAAUAAUUUAAAAUAUUGCUGUGUUUGAAUCUUGCUUGUUUCUUGUUAGUUCUAUCCCCCAUUGUUUCCCUUUGAUUGCCCUUGAUGUGGCUUCACUUCAAUAUGAGACUGUGUUCAACCCACCUUUUUAUCUCUGUUAACAAUGUUCCUGAUAAUGUACUAUAAAAUAAUGUAUCAUAACGGUUCUAUGCACUGAUGUAUAUUGUAUACUAUUUAACCGAUGAACUUUGACCUCACUUGCCAAGUUAUGACAUACCUGUUAUUUAGUAGCUGUGGUGAUGUUGUUGGAUAUCCCUUGGAUGCUUGUUUAUUUCAGCUGUGUAUUUUAAGUAAAGACCUGCAAGGAGCUGUGUCCAACUGUGUAUUAAACUGAUGAGGUGGAUAAGGGUUGUUCAUUCAAUUUUGUUCUCAUGUCAACUGAGUUUAGAAAACUUUGUUUUUACAAACCAUCUGAAUGAAAAAAGUUUUUUUUUUUUCAUUACUUUAAGUGUGCAUCAAGUCCAACAAAAGUUAUGUAGAAUAUUACGAUUACUAGAUCUAUUAAGUUCAACUACCCUACAAAGUUUUGAGAACUCAAGUCUUAUCUCCUAUGCAUUAUGUGUAGUCAAAUUAGUAAUUUUUUAUAUUUCCUUAUAAACUAUUUACAAUUCAUUCAACAUUAGGUUUUGUAAAAUUACCUAAAAGUCUAUUUUUAAAAAUUUGAAAUUUUUGUGAAACAAAAAAAAAUAUUGAAACAAAACCAAUGUCUGGUGUAAAUAUUCACUUGGUGUUCAUGUGAGCCCAUAGGGCAGUGAAUGUAUGCCCACCAGUUGGAAUGUUUGUGUUUGUAGUACUUACCCACCAGUUGGAAUGUUUGUAGUAGUUAUAGCUCUGUUUAGAACUUCAUCUUGUAGAGAAUGUAUUCUAAUAUUUGGUCUUGGUGUAUAGUGACUUUCUUUUAAGAAAUAUAUGUAUAUGUUGAGAAAAUGUGUAACUGAGGCAUGACAGAACUUGGAUGUUACUGUCCAAGACUUGAAAAUUGACAUCUUUCCAGAGCUGUUAAGAUCCUCAUACAUUGAGCUGUGUUACUAAGGUCAAUUGAAUGUAUGGUACCAAACUCUUUAUUAGCCAGCAUGUUGUAUAGCAUUGUAUACAUUGGAACAUGGAAGGAGCACAUUUUAUGUAGAAGAAAGCAGCUUGUUGUCAAUGAAUCAAAGAUUGUGUGUGAAUGAUUAUUUCUUUUCAAUUCUAUACAUGCAAGCUAUGAUGUCAACUGAAACUUAAUUUUGUAAUAAUUUUUUUUUUGUAAAAUAAAUCUUUUCUUGUUAAAAGCGAAA